GUCCAGAGCUUCUCCCAGGACCCUGACCCUCCCUCCUGGACCUCUCGUAGCCUCGCCCUUUAUCUUAGAGCUAAGGGGGGCCCCCACCCCAGCUUCAGCUCCUUACAGACUCCUGGCUCCUUCUAGGGCAGUGCUUCUCCACCUUCCUAAUGCUGGACCUUAAAUGCAGUUCCUCAUGUUGCGGUGACCCCCAGCCUUAAAGUUAUUUUCGUUGCUACUUCAUAGCUGUUGAUUUUGCUACUGAUACGAAUCGUAAUUAACCAGAUCACAACAGUGAGCGUGGAGCAGUUCGGACCGGUCAGGCACUCGAGCAGGUAGAGCCGAGACCUCGCCCCCGCCCCCAGCCGGCGGCUCGGAGGUGCGGAGGUGCGGAGAGGCGGCCCGGGCACCGAGUCAGAGUAAAGCGGCGGGACCCAGACAGUGUGUUUGGGAGCGCCGCCUCCAUGGCCACGAUGCCUUUGGGCCUGUCAACCAGGAGCGCCCGCUUCGAAGAAGGAAGCGAGGUCUUCCUGGAGGGACCGGUGGACUGGGAGCUCAACCGCCUGCAAAGACAAUGCAAGUUGAUGGAGGGGCAACGACGGACAUACAGCAAGGAGGUUCACCAGCGCAUCAGCAAGCAACUGGAGGAGAUUCGGCAACUGGAGGUGUUGCGAGCCAAGCUCCAGAUGCAGAUCAGCGUGGCGCAGAGCCAGGUCAAGCGACUGAAAGACAGCCAGCGUUUGGAGGACAUGGACCGUCUACUCAAGUGCAGGGCUCAGGUGCAGGCGGAAACAGAGGCGCUGCAGGAGCAGGCCCGGGCACUGGACAAGCAGAUCCAGGAGUGGGAGAACCACAUCCUCACCCAGAGUAAGAAAGCCUCAACUCCUGGUGUCAUCUUGAAUCAGAAGAUGAAGAUUCAGAGAAGGAUCCAGAUUCUAGAAGACCAGCUGGACAGGGUCACCUGCCACUUUGACAUCCAGCUGGUGAGGAAUGCGGCCCUGCGGGAGGAGCUGGACUUGCUGCGCAUUGAGAGGGGUCGGUACCUGAACAUGGACCGCAAGCUGAAGAAGGAGAUCCACUUGCUUCGGGAGACAGUCGGAGCUCUCAGCACGUCCUCUACCUCUGCUUACACCGCCAGGGAAGAGGCCAAGACCAAGAUGGGCCUGCUGCGGGAGCGCGCAGAGAAGGAGGUGGCUCAGAGUGAGACAGAAGCACAGAUCUUGCAGCGACAGAUCUCACAUCUGGAGCAGCUGCACCGAUUCCUCAAGCUCAAGAACCAUGACAGACAGCCAGAUCCUGACAUUGUGCAGAAGCAAGAGCAGCGAGCCUGGGAGGUGGCAGAAGGACUCCGAAAGACCUCCCAAGAGAAACUAGUAUUGCGUUAUGAGGACGCUCUGAACAAACUGGCCCAGCUGACUGGCGAGAGCGACCCUGACCUGUUGGUGGAGAAAUACCUGGAGUUGGAGGAACGCAACUUUGCUGAGUUUAACUUCAUCAAUGAGCAGAACUCAGAGCUACACCACCUUCAGGAAGAGAUUAAAGAGAUGCAGGAGGCUUUAGUGAGUGAGCAUGCCAGUCAGGACACCCAGCACCUGCAGCAGGAGCAGCAGUGCCGAAUGUUACAGCAGGAAGUGGACACGGUGUGCUCUGAGUCCCAGCAGCUGGAGGCACGCCUUCAGGCUCUCCGAGCUCAGCUGGAAAAGCUCAAAGCUGAUAUCCAGCUUCUCUUCGAAAAGGCUCAGUGUGACAGCAGUGUCAUCAAGGAUCUCCUUGGGGUCAAGACCCACUUGCGGGAUAGGGACAUGCGCCUCUUCUUGAGCACCAUCGAGAAGCGUCUGGUGCAGCUCCUCACAGUGCAGGCUUUCCUUGAGGUCCAGAACCAUACCCCUUUGGCUGAAGUUGCCCUUCUGGCGCUGGGCCAGAGCCAAGAGGACCCUCCAAAGAAGACCACCCCACUCCAGCCUCCGGACACCAUGGAGGACCCCCCAGGUUUUGUGGUCAAAGAGGAUUAUCCUAUGAGCAAGGAGGAGCUGCUGAGUCAAGUAGUGAAGUCGGUGGAGCUCCAGGACCUCCAGCAGCAGGAGGAGGCCACCAGGAAGCUGGAAAGCAGCCCGAGCUUGGCCUUCUCCAGUACUCAGAUCUCCCUGUCCGUCCCCAGCCUGGGGACCCCCAAGAGGACCAGCGUAAUCCCUGAGUCCAUUCUGAGCCACAAGACAAGCCGAGGCCGUGGCGCCAGCUCCAUAAGCCACGUCACCUUCGGUGACUCUGGCUCAGCCGCAGGUCCCAUGACCUUGGCUUCUGUCAGUGCCAGUGUAGCACUGGUGUCUAGUCGGGGCUCUGUGGUGGGCCGUGGGGCCUUCAAACACACCAGCUCCAGCAGCUACCUGGGUUCCACUGGCUACCUGGAGACCAGCCGCGGUCAGGAGAGCACAGGAGGCGGCGCGCAGAGCCAAAGCAUGGGAUCGGAGUUGAGUAGAGGCCACGGCUCCAGCAGCGGCCCAGGAUCCAGGCCCAGCUCCUCUACCAGCAAGGACUCGAGGGGCUACAACUAGGCCUGCAGGCCUUCCUGCCCCAGCCCUUGGCAGGUUCUCUAGCCUUAGUCUCCCUCCUCCCCAAACUCUCUGCCCCUUUCUGCCCAGGCCUCUUGAGUUCCCCCAUCUCUUCCCACCUCCUGCUUGUUGUUAGUUCCUCUGCCUCGGCUUUGACUCUGUGUCCCUCUUACUCCGUGCUUCCCACCUCUGCCCUGCUCAUCUGUCUCCCAAGCAUCCCUGCAUCUGACGUCUCUGUCUCCUUAUUGGACUCCUCUCCGUUGCCUAGGUGAACUGUAACAAUAGGAAAUAAAGGUCGGAGCCCAGCCUGGUUCCUUCUAGUGUGUUCAGAUAUGGCUUCAGCUGUUUCCAGCUCAGGGAAAAAUAUCUGUGAGCCUGUUUCUGCAUCUGCCUACGCCAGUGCCCAUCCAUCUCUGCAUCCACCCACCCAUCCAUUUUCUGCCUUUUCCCUAUUUCUAGCUCUGCUGAAAUCUGUAUCAGUCAGGACAGGCUGUGCUGUGCUGCAGUAGCCGACAUCCCCUGCAUCUGGCUCUUAGGUAGCCAGAGUUUCUCUUGCCUCUUUGUGGGUGACUUAGGACCUCUAUUUCACUUCAUGCUCUUGUCUGACAAAACAACCUCAGUCUGGAGAAGUGGGCCUGGGAAAUAAAAGAUGGCAAAGCAGAUGCAACUCUUGGAGGUCAACUUGGAUCCACUGGUCCCGUCAUGCAUAUCUCCUAGUGGAACAGGCUUUGGCAGGGGAUGGGACUUUACAGACAACCCUGACUGGCCCCACAGUGGGCCACAGUGAGCUGCGUGUUGAACUGAGGCACAUUAGGACACAGGGGAUGGCUCCUGUCUGAAGUGGAGCCAUGCCUAAAUGCUGUCAGAAUUUAACCUAGCCAAAUCCAGAGCAAAUUCAUCAUUUGCCCUCUAGGCCUCCCUCCCUCCAGAUGGGUCAAAGCACCUGUACUUCAUGGGGGCGUGUGAGAGUAAAAACACUUUGAUGCCUGUGAGGCAUCUGCCAUGGCCUGCCCCCUACAACACGGACCCACAGCGGACCGUCGAUGCCUGUGAGGUGUCUGCUACAGCCUGCCCCCUACAACACGGACGCACAGACCUCAGCGGACCAGGAAGGGGAAACUCAGGAAAUGGAUGACGGAUGGAGGGAUGCAUGCAGAAGGGAUGCCUUGACUAUGUAUACCACCCAUCACGCUGCCGGUGUUGUGCACACGGCUGCUAAACUGUUGCCUGUAGAACGAGAAAAAGUCUGUACGUUUUCAGUUCAGAUGCUCAUAAAAGUAUUCCCAGUGUGUG